AUGGCGAUAUUGGAGAGAUCUCCGUUUAUUUUCCCGGAUGUUUUAUUUCAUACUGAGGAGGAUAGACAUGCUUGGGAAUAUUAUGUGCGGCUGGUAUCCUCGAAUGUACCGGCGCUGGAUGGUCCCGACAAUCCAUACCGGCAAUUAUCAUUCACGGCGUUGACGUCGCCAAUUUUACUUGAGACUAUUGUCUGCAUCGCGACAGAGCACAUGCUUAACUUUGGCCUGGGAACGGUGUCAACGGCAGCACAGCGCCAGCAACAAAUGCUCAGAACCAUUGGACAUAGCCUACAUGGCAUAGAUGCGACAGGAAUCCACAUGACGGGCUCCGCAGCAAACAAUAUAGAUCACGAAGCACUCCUCACGGCAGUUGUCCUCCAGGGGUGGUGGUGGCCCAGUCGGCCGACGGCGUCCUAG